AUGAUAUUGGAGGAGCUGGUGAGGAAUCUCAGUUUGACUUUGGUCGGAGUGUUUGUGGUGACGCUGGUGCUUAUUGGAGACCUGAAGGUGUCCCUUUGGGUUUUCUCCUGCAUUCUUUUCACCCUCGUUGGAAUUGCUGGGACCAUGCGAUUUGCCGGACUCACUAUCGAGAUCAUGACUGCCAUGCUUCUCAUCUUGUCUGUCGGCCUGGCUGUGGACUAUUCUACUCACAUUGCCCACAAAUUCAUGGUGACGCAUGCCGACUCCAAAGAUGUGGAGCGUAAACUGGAAGAAGAGCAAAAGAGGAUAUCCGAUCGGAAACGAUCCAGGACAGACAGAGAGAGGGAAAGUCACAAGGAUGGACUCGACUUCCGUCACCUCCAAGAAUUAUGGAAUGGAGCAAUGCACGGGGACAUCGUAUCGCCCUCGAUGUCCCAGUGA